AUGCAAUUCUGCACCUACCUUCGGAAGUUUAUCGUGAAGCUGCUGAAAACGACUUCUGCCCACGGUUUUCAGCACGUCAUAAAAGUAGGAGCUCAAAUCGUCGAACGCAUUUUCUGGAUCUGUUGUAUUGUGAUCUGCAUAUACGGUAUGACUGCUUUGGCGCAACGUACCUGGGACCGUUAUCAAACGUCACCUGUGGUCAUUUCAAUGGACCGCAACAUGUAUCUUUGGAAUACAAGUUUUCCAAGCGUAACCGUAUGCCCUCAUCGAAGAAUUGACGAGAAUAAAGUUAAGCAAUACGUCCAACAAAACCCAGCAAUGUUCGUAGGAGACGGCGAUACGGAUGACUUUUUAGAAUUUGUCGUCAAACUAGCUAAUGCUACCUACGACACCUUUGCUAAUUUGCCAAUGCAUAAAACAUACGGAAUUGACAGUGCAGAUUACAUGGAUUUGAUAAGUAAUUUGUCCCUUCAAUUUUUGCCCCAAAUCAGUAGUGCUACCAUUUUGCCGCUGCGAAGCCAACAAACAGUUACCGAGUUGGGAGUGUGUAUGACGAUUAACUCUAAAAUUGCCGAUUACAAUUCAUACCAGUACUGGAAGAACAAUCGCUGGGAUUUGGUAUCGGAGCCGCAGACCGUUGUUGUCCAUCCACUGGAUGGUGAAGUUUAUGGUCAGCUUAAUAAGUUGGAAAGUUCCUACGAAGUGUACUUUCACGGAUACAUGGAAGUUCCUGAUAUUUCCGAACAACGCUAUCUGUUCCUGGAUUCUUUCUAUACAACAGUUGAACUACUGGCCCUUGAGCUGAUCACUUCCACCUCCGUUAAAGAAUUAUCAAUAUCUCAAAGGCAGUGUCGAUUUUCCUUCGAGGCUGAUGCUCUGGAAUUUAGCCCGAUAUACAGCUACAAUCUGUGUCGAAUUGAAUGCCGUAUGAGAUUAGCGUUGAAAUAUUGUGGUUGUAUUCCCCAUUUCUACAGAAAUCGAGGCAAACAAGGUAAGCUUCGAUAUCGCACCUGCGAUUUUGAAGGAUAUCGUUGCUUAGGUGUAAAUUCUGAUGCCCUUAUAACGCUGCGUCAAGGCAACAAAGCUAUCGAAUGCAAGUGCGUUCCCAACUGUGAUGACUCUAAUUUCUUCGUACAAGCUUAUAAAGCCAGGGAAUGGUUUCUUGGUGCUACUUUACAGUGGGGUCUCACGGACUAUCCCAAGAUGCAAUUGCAUCGCGAUGUGAUUUUUGGACUAUCGGACGUUUUUGUCUAUAUAGGUGGUCUGGGAGGAUUUUUCUUGGGCUGUAGUUUGUUGACAUUUACCGAAUUCUUCUAUUUUCUUACGUGGCGCUUGUUCAAGGAAACAACAGCG